CGCGGUUCUGUGGUGGUUUCCAUUUGGGGGCGUUGUGAUGUCGUCGUCGCACAAAGAGAUCAAGUUGCCGUCGGGGUGGACUCGUAUUGACAGCAAGAGUCGUCCUGGAGAAUGCUACUACUUGAACAAGGCAUCUGGAGAGAAGACAUGGAAGCUUGCAGACAUUCCGACCAAGGAAUCCAGCAAGCGCAAGCGAUCUAGUGACGACAGCACCAGUGAAGCCAACAAGAAGCACAGCCCACACACGCACGUCCAAGUGCUGCAUUUGCUUGUCAAGCACGUCGAGAGCAAGCGCCCUGCCUCUUGGAGGCAAGAUCCGAUCACCCGGAGCAAAGACGUAGCACGGUCCCGGUUGGAAGGCCUCCGCGACCAAAUCGUCCUGGCUGGCAAGAACCCCGACGCUCCCAAUGCGUUGCGGGACAAGUUCCAGGAGCUCGCGACCACCGAAAGCGACUGUAGCAGUGCCAAGCGGGGUGGCGACCUGGGCAAGUUUACUCGAGGAAAGAUGCAGCCGUCGUUCGAGAAGGCGUCGUUCGCCCUGCGCGUGGGCGAACUGAGCGGCGUCGUCGAAAGCGACAGCGGCGUGCAUAUCAUUUUGCGCAUCAAGUAGUAGUACUAACUAAUCAUAUACUAGCCUUUUGUCUAGUUGCAGGACGCUCA